AUGAGUCAGGCAUGCACCGGAGCCAGCACUAGCCAAGUACCCAUCGUUGAUGUCUUUCCGACGGUUGAAGAAAUCAGCGAUGCAACUCUUGGUCAUCAAUGCGAUGUGUGCGAUAAACAGUUCAUGAAUCCUUCAAUGUGCCGCUUCCAUCGCGUCAAGUGUCAUGGCUCUUUGGAUAAAGCGAUUGGGACCGAAAAACGCAUUUUAGACAGAUUCUCGGAAAAGGAAAUCAGCUAUCGUUACUACUGCCCUAUGCCAAAUUGUAUAGAGAAAAAUGUCAAAUUUGAGGGAAUGAAAGAUUUGCGCCAACAUUAUAGUCGAGUACAUACUGAAAAGAAAUAUGCUUGUGAGAACUGCGGCAUACGAUCUGCGUUGGAGAAAGACAUCAAGUACCACAAGAAAUAUAGAUGUCGCGCGAUGAAAACCGUGCAAUAG